AUGAAGGCAGAACUCACUUUAACACCAGAAGGUCUCAUCCUUAGAGGGACACGCCUUGUCCUUCCAACUGGUCUCCAGAAACGUGCAGUGCAACUCGCACACCGAGGUCACCAGGGAAUCGUAAAGACGAAACAAUUACUACGAGAGAAGGUAUGGUUUCCAGGCAUGGACAACCUUGUGCACAUGCUGGUGAAGAGUUGCCUUCCAUGCCAAGCUGCAGUACCCCAAACAACUCAAGAGCCACUUGCGAUCACCGAACCUCCCAGCAGUCCCUGGGAAAAAGUAUCCCUCGACUUCUGUGGUCCAUUUCCCGAUGGGAAAUAUGCAAUGGUGGUGAUAGAUGACUUUUCGCGAUACCCUGUGGUACAGGUCCUCAAUUCGACAAGCGCACGCAAUGUACUGAGCAACCUCCGAGCAGUGUUUGGCCAGUUUGGCAUCCCAGAACAAGUGAAAACGGACAACGGGCCACCGUUCCAUGGCACAGAGUUUGCUGAGUUUGCCCAAGAGCUGGGAUUUCGACACCACAGAGUCACACCGCUAUGGCCUCAGGCCAACGGUGAAGUGGAACGAUUCAUGAGGACAUUAAAGAAACAAGUGCACACCAGUGAACUCGAAAACAAGGACUGGAAGGCCGAGCUAGAUACCUUCUUGAUGUCUUACAGAUCUACGAAACAAGGCACAACAACAAAAACGCCUUACGAAUUGCUGUUUGGAAGACCAAUGAGGAAUCUCCUUCCCCUUUAUGCAGCCCCAACCCCAAGAACAGUGGACUCAGAAGGACUGAGGUCAAGAGAGCUUGCAAGAAAGGCUUACAACAAGCAUCGAGCUGACACACGGAGAGGCGCUCGUCGACAUCGCUUCUGGGUGGGUCAGCGAGUCCUGUGUAAACAAGCCCAACACAACAAAUUUACGUCGUAUUACGAUCCGACCCCUUAUACCAUUACCAGCAUUCAUGGAUCUCAGAUCAAAGCAUCCCAAGGCAACCGAAUGAUCACACGGAAUGCUAGUUUUUUCAAGGAUGCCUCCAGGAUCAACCGAGUGCCUUGCAGAGCAGAGACCGACCUAGAUGACACUAUGCCACCGUCCAGCACGGACAGUUGCAUUUCAGCACCAGGGCCAUCAGUGCCUGCAAGACGACAGAGCCCCCUUCAUCGACGCUACCCCGUCAGAAACCGCAAGCCACCACGGCAUCUUGCUGACUUUGCAACAUAA